ACGACUGUGACUUUGGGAUUGGCCUGGCCUGCUGCAUGUGGCCCCCAGCAGCAGCCGCCACCCCCGCCCCACAACUGCCGCCGCAGCCCCAGGGGAGCGCGGAGGAGGAGCCGCUCCCCGACUUCGUGGCCCACAAAGGGGUGGGGGUCAGGGGCGGUCUCCCCCGCCGCGUGCGUUCCUGCCCUGAAGGCUCAGCCCGCUUCCAGGGCAGCCAUUGCCAUGGAGACCCCCGAGGCUAUAAAGCCAGGUGUGCAGGCUUGCGGCGGCUCCAGCGCCGCUGAGCCCCCCAAGUAAGGAGCAAGCGCCCCGGCGCGGCCCGGCCCCCGCGAGCAGGGAGGAGGCGGAGGAGCGGCGCCAGCAGCUUAAGGAGCGGCGCGCCCCGCCAGGGCUGGAGGCAGGCGCGCUCGGCGGGCGCCACCGUCUCAGCAGGGGAGCGGGGGCUGCCUCGGGUGCGGGUGAGUGGCGCGGCUCCAAGCCACGAGGGACGGAGGGGCACCGGACACGCGGAAAACAGCGGGAGAGACAGAAAGGGGCCGAGCUUUCGCUCUCGUAGUCUUGUAGCGGGCCAGGAGCGGAGCUCAGAGUAGCGAGCAACCUACACUUCCAGGCGGGAAGCUCAGGGAAGGAGCAGCGAGACGCCAGGCGUGCGGCUCAGGAGCGGCGGGGCAGCGGAAGCCGCGGGAGCAAAAGACUGGGAACAUCAGGACCCUCGGCUGCAGCCGCCCACGCGCGGAGAGAGCCAAACCAGAGCACCAGCGGGGCCCAGAGCCCGGCGGGGCGCGGGAACAGGGGCGCCCCCGUGCGGAGCUGCUGGGCCGCCUGGGAGCGGCGGCCGGGGUCAUGCUCAAGCCCAAGGACCUGUGCCCCCGAGCGGGUACGCGCACCUUCCUGGAGGCCAUGCAGGCGGGCAAAGUGCACCUGGCCCGCUUUGUGCUGGAUGCGCUGGACCGCAGCAUCAUCGACUGCCGCGCAGAGCAGGGCCGCACGCCGCUCAUGGUGGCGGUGGGCCUGCCGGACCCCGCGCUGCGCGCGCGCUUCGUGCGGCUACUGCUGGAGCAGGGUGCAGCAGUGAACCUGCGGGACGAGCGCGGCCGCACGGCACUCAGCCUGGCUUGCGAGCGCGGCCACCUGGACGCCGUGCAGCUGUUGGUGCAGUUCAGCGGCGACCCGGAGGCGGCCGACUCGGCGGGCAAUAGCCCAGUGAUGUGGGCGGCGGCGUGCGGCCAUGGGGCGGUGCUCGAGUUCUUGGUGCGCUCUUUCCGCCGCCUCGGCCUGCGCCUCGACCGCACCAACCGAGCGGGUCUCACCGCGCUGCAACUGGCCGCCGCCCGCGGCCACGGGACCUGCGUGCAAGCCCUCACCGGGCCCUGGGGCCGCGCAGCCGCCGCCGCCGCGGCCCGGGGCUCCAACUCCGACAGCCCCCCUGGCCGUCCGGCUCCCGCGCCCAGCCCCGAGCGUCGACGACCCAGUCCUCGCCGCUUACCUCGGCCUCUCCUGGCGCGCUUUGCGCGAGCGGCCGGCGGCCACGGUCACGGUGGCGAGGCAGGGUCAGGGGGCAAGGGCUCUGGCCGGCACCGAGCACAGGGCAGCGACAGGCCCGAGCUGGGCCGGAGCAUGAGCCUGGCGCUGGGUGCUGUAACCGAGGAGGAGGCGGCUCGUCUGCGGGCAGGAGCCCUGAUGGCCCGACCACAGUCGCCCCAGUCUUCGGGGACCGGGAGGUGGCGUUCGCAGGAGGUGCUGGAGGGAGUGCCUCCGACCUUAGUGCAAGCCCCCAUUGGCCUUAGCCCCCACCCGGAGGGCGGCCCCGGCUCUGGCCGUUUGGGUUUGCGCCGACGCUCCACAGCUCCAGACAUCCCCAGCCUGGUCGGGGAGGCACCAGGGCCCGAGAGGGGCGCAGAGUUAGAGGCCAACGCUCUGCCCCACUCGGGGCCUGGGCCUCAGCCUUGGCAGGCAGGCACAGAGGCCAUGGUGCUGCACUCUCAGCGGUAAACAGCGUCGAGGUUGAGCCCUGCACCCCCUGCUCUUAAUGUCUCACCUCCACUGGGAUUUCUCUCUUCCAGGUCCUUCAUUUAACUGGCAGUUUCCCGGCCUGUGAUCCAGAACCUGUCCCCCACUGCCAAGGCAAGACCUUUACCAACCCUCUCUCUGAAAAGAGCCCCUAUUUUAUUUCUUUUUUGUGCUUGUUGGUAUUCCCUGCCUAGGUCUCUCGCCUUCCCUACAGCCUACCUUUCCUGUCCUGGAAGAGGAAGAGUAGAAGACUGGUUCCACAUGCUACAGCCUUCCAGCCAGGAAGAUGGACCCCCUACUCUGAGCCCUAAGGCUCAGUUCUGAGUCUUGUGGGACUCCAGCCCGGACACUUCCUCCUGGCCAGUCUCCCACACCCUAGUAGCCAGGCAGCAGAAGAGUUGACUUGUAGAACAAAGGCCUAGCCUCCCCCCUCUGGGUAGUGAUAAGACAGUAAUUCGCGUGACCUAAGUCUCCCUUCCUCUUAAGUGUUGGAGAAGGAGAGCAAGGAGACUGGCCUCUGAGCCCUUCUGGACAGGAGGGCUGAUUGUGAAGGAGUCUGAAGGUUACGUUUUUCUGGGGAGAAACUUCUGCCUCCAGACAAUGAGAGCAUAUUUGGGGGUGGCAGAGGCCUUGGUAUUGAAUGCUGGUUGUCUUCUGAAACAGCUCCUGGGUGAUUCCAGCUCCCUGUGCCUCUGGCCGACCCAGGAUUCAACUUCAUUGAUGAUGGGGGGUCAUUGCCCCACACUAACCCCUACCCAGCCCAGCUCCCAGCACCUGAGCCAGCCUGUACUUCAGCUCGGGGGCAUUUGAGUUUUAUCUUUGAGGUCGUGUCUCUCGUGACCCAGCCUUACUUCUGCUGUUAGAGGCCUGAAAUGAAAGGACUUGGCACUUCCCCGCCCCCACCACCUCCCAGCUCCCCCCAUCCCGCAUGUGGGUGCCAUGUGGGUGCUCCCGCAGGGUGGAACGGUUGCGAAGGCUUGGCUUAAUUGUAUUUCUUCCAAUCCUCAAAGAACUCGUGUUUUGAGUCUUUGUAUAUGAAGCAGAAAGCAGCGGGUCUGAUCCGAGGCUUAAGAACCUGACAAUGUCUCUUUAAAUAGAAGCUCUGCGAGGGGGAUAAUUGACUGAAGUGUUUGCUACGUUGAACGGCGGCGCGAGGGAGUCGGGAAGCCCACACGAGCCGCAGGUCCGGGUUUAAAUUACAUCAAACUCUGGCGAGAGCUGGAAGGGGGCUGUUAAAGGGCUCCUACUUCUCGCUGGGCUGUUAAUGGAGGGCAGGGCGGAUGGUAGAUGCUGGAGGUCGAGACCAAGGACCCCUGCCUCUGCCCCAGCGCGUGGGACGCAGGCCGGGCAAAGCUUCAUUACUGGGCAGAUUAGUGAG